UUAUUUCAAUUUCUUCAUUAUCACAUGAUUACAAGUUGUCAAAAUGGGGUCUCACAGCGCCGUGAAGGGGAAACUUAUAGCUGUUAUCGGAGAUGAGGACACAUGUACAGGUUUCCUCCUUGGUGGUGUGGGCGAGCUGAACAAGAAGAGAGAGCCAAACUUCCUUGUGGUGGAUAAAAACACCAGCAGACAUGACAUAGAAGAAUCUUUCCGAGGGUUUCUGAAGCGAGAUGAUAUAGCUAUUAUACUGAUAAAUCAGUCGAUAGCAGAGGAGAUACGGUAUGUGAUAGACAGCCACAAUGAGCCAAUGCCAGCAGUGUUAGAAAUCCCCAGUAAAGAUGCUCCCUACGACGCCAGUAAAGACUCUAUUCUCCGCAGAGCAAAGGGUAUGUUCUCUGCUGAAGACCUGCGAUGAAGUUCCACAUCAUUUAGACAUGAACAAAUUAUCACUUAAUCAUGUAUUCGAGUUAUAUUUUAUUUUGAAAUGUAUACAUGUAUAUCAGAAAGUAUGGGAACUCUGGAGCUGGACUCUAAAAUUUGGAUAAAUUAAUUUUAUGGAAAGCAUUACUUUAAAUUCCAAACAAUGUAUUAAUUUUUGAGGGAUUUAAUUUGCUCAUUGUUCCGUUUUGAAAAUCUGGCCAAGGUUCCUUUACUUAGGGAUAUUCCAUAAGAAAGUAUUACAGAAUUGAAGGGAGAGGUCUUCAACUAUUAUUCUGAACUUCAGUAACACUUUCCUAUGGGAAAACUAAACUUAAAGAAUUACCGGUAACCUAAAUUUAAGAACAUUGAUGAAACUUGGGCGUAAUUCAUUUAAAUUUUAAUGAUGUUUCAGUAGUAAUUUUAACAAAUCUUUUGAGAGGUUGUUAUCCUCAUUUAAUUUCAUUAACCUUAUUGGUGUCUAGUCGAUUAUGAGUGAAGUUCAGAUAUGGUUAUAAGGCUGUUCGGGUCUCUCCUGAUAUGUAGAUGUAGUCAAAGAAAUCCUGCAUUGUGUAUAAUGAUUGUGACCGAUUAUCAAACAUUUUUUCCAUAUAACCAACCAUGCAUGUAAAAUGUAACAAAACAUUCCUUCAUAUGUUUUUUAUUGUGAUAAAUGAUUCCUCAAGAUUUUCUCGAUCAAACUUAAUAGUUAACAUUCAGGAAUUGAAUUCAGUACAAAGUUGAGUGAUAUUUGAAGAAAGUUUUACACAAAUGCUGAUCAUCAUUUUGAAUUUGUUGGGAUAAGAGCCCCAUAAUUCACAGAUACUUAUGUAUUCAAAACAUGUAGGGAGAUCACAAAGGCAUGGUUAAAUCAGGACUCAAAUGUCAAAAAAAAAAAUCACUGAGUAUUGAU